GACUUAUGUGCAAUUUGGGACGCUGGAGUUUUCCUUCCUUCUGCAGCCUAGAACGGAGCCUCCUCUGGUGCUGCAAGGAGGAGGCUGAAUGAGGCAGAGAAGCUGAGCUCUGUCCAGGAGGUCCAGUUAGAGCAGCUGGAGGCAGCAAGACCCUACGGGCUGGGGAGCAGGGAGCGGGGCCUGGUGCUGAGGAUGGCCAGGCAGCAGCCGCCGCCCUGGGUCCACGCAGCCUUCCUCCUCUGCCUCCUCAAUCUUGGUGCGGCCAUCGAGAUUCCUAUGGACCCAAGCAUUCAGAAUGAGCUGACCCAGCCCCCGACGAUCACCAAGCAGUCAGUGAAGGACCACAUCGUGGACCCCCGCGAUAACAUCCUGAUUGAGUGUGAAGCCAAGGGGAAUCCUGCCCCCAGCUUCCACUGGACUCGCAACAGCAGGUUCUUCAACAUUGCCAAGGACCCCCGGGUGUCCAUGAGGAGAAGGUCGGGGACCCUGGUGAUCGACUUCCGCAGCGGUGGGCGGCCGGAAGAAUAUGAGGGGGAAUACCAGUGCUUUGCCCGCAACAAAUUUGGCACGGCCCUGUCCAAUAGGAUUCGCCUGCAGGUGUCUAAGUCUCCCCUGUGGCCCAAGGAAAACCUAGACCCUGUGGUGGUUCAAGAAGGUGCCCCCUUGACACUCCAGUGCAACCCCCCACCUGGACUUCCGUCCCCAGUCAUCUUCUGGAUGAGCAGCUCCAUGGAGCCCAUCGCCCAAGACAAGCGUGUCUCCCAGGGCCACAAUGGAGACCUGUAUUUCUCUAACGUGAUGCUGCAGGACAUGCAGACCGACUACAGCUGCAAUGCCCGUUUCCACUUCACCCACACCAUCCAGCAGAAGAAUCCUUUCACCCUCAAGGUCCUCACCAACCACCCCUAUAAUGACUCGUCCUUAAGAAACCACCCUGACAUGUACAGUGCCCGAGGAGUUGCAGAGAGAACACCCAGCUUCAUGUAUCCCCAGGGCACCUCGAGCAGCCAGAUGGUGCUUCGUGGCAUGGAUCUUCUGCUGGAGUGCAUCGCCUCUGGGGUCCCAACACCAGACAUUGCAUGGUACAAGAAAGGUGGGGACCUCCCAUCUGACAAGGCCAAGUUUGAGAACUUUAAUAAGGCUCUGCGUAUCACCAAUGUCUCCGAGGAGGACUCUGGGGAGUACUUCUGCCUGGCCUCUAACAAGAUGGGCAGCAUCCGGCACACGAUCUCGGUGAGAGUGAAGGCUGCUCCCUACUGGUUGGAUGAACCCAAGAACCUCAUCCUGGCUCCUGGUGAGGAUGGGAGACUGGUGUGUCGAGCCAAUGGGAACCCCAAACCCACUGUCCAGUGGAUGGUGAAUGGGGAACCUUUGCAGUCGGCACCACCCAACCCAAACCGUGAGGUAGCCGGGGACACCAUCAUCUUCCGAGACACCCAGAUCAGCAGCAGGGCCGUGUACCAGUGCAACACUUCCAACGAGCACGGCUACCUGCUAGCCAAUGCCUUCGUCAGUGUGCUGGAUGUGCCACCUCGGAUGCUGUCACCCCGGAACCAGCUCAUUAGGGUGAUCCUCUACAACCGGACACGGCUGGACUGCCCGUUCUUUGGGUCUCCCAUCCCCACGCUCCGAUGGUUUAAGAAUGGACAAGGGAGCAACCUGGAUGGUGGAAACUACCAUGUCUAUGAGAAUGGCAGUCUGGAAAUUAAGAUGAUCCGUAAAGAGGACCAAGGCAUCUACACCUGUGUUGCCACGAACAUCCUGGGCAAAGCUGAAAACCAAGUCCGCCUGGAGGUCAAAGACCCCACCAGGAUCUUCCGGAUGCCUGAGGACCAGGUUGCCAAAAGGGGCACCACGGUGCAGCUGGAGUGUCGGGUGAAGCACGACGCGUCCCUGAAGCUCACUGUCUCCUGGCUGAAGGACGACGAGCCACUCUACAUUGGAAACAGGAUGAAGAAGGAAGACGACUCCCUGACCAUCUUUGGAGUGGCAGAGCGGGACCAGGGCAGUUACACGUGUGUCGCCAGCACCGAGCUGGACCAAGACUUGGCCAAGGCCUACCUCACCGUGUUAGGUAACUGCCACUGCUCACGUUGGCACUGGGCUCCCCUGCCCUGCCUCCCCGGCAGUCAGAGAAGCAGCGGGCCAUGGUCGGUUCCAAGGGCAGUGCCUGGAGUCAGCGGUCAGCCAGGCAUGGGCAUCUGUUGCCUUUUGAUCUCAGGGUUAGGAAGCUGCCACUUUCAGAACAAGCUGUGCUGGACAGCUUACCUCCUGAGUGCAAUCGUCAACGCCCCCACAUCUCAACUGAAGGGAGCUUGAAUGAUACAGGGAAAGUGGAGAGGGAUUUCCUGUUGUGAUCAUUUUUACCUCCUUUACAGCUAACUCUAUACCACUAAGUUGAUUUAAAACAGCCCAUCAUUAAAGCAAGGCUGAGUUUUGUGUUUGUGCUUCCAGCAAGCUUCACCUUCCUCCCUGUCCCACCCCAUUCCUGG